AUGCCGACCCACGGAGAAAGAAACCUGGAACUCGGGAAUCAGGCGUAUGCUGCCUCUUUCGACCAAGGCCAUCUAGCACUUCCACCUAGCCAAAGAUACACUAUCGUAACAUGCAUGGACGCUCGCAUCGAUCCCACCGCUGCAUUUGGUAUACCUCUUGGAGCUGCCCACGUAAUACGCAACGCCGGCGGUUGUGUAAAGGAUGCCUUCCGAUCCAUCGUCAUAUCGCAACAACUUCUUGGAACAAGAGAAGUGAUACUAGUCAAGCAUACAGGAUGCGGCAUGCUCACAUUCGACAACGACAUUGCGAGAGCCACGGUCAUGAAGAAGAGAGGAGAAGUGGCUGCGAGAGAGGUGGAGACACUUGACUUCCACGCUUUCCGUGAUCUAGAGAUACAGGUCAAGAAGGACAUACAAUGGCUUCGGAUCAAAGCGAUUGAGGAGAACAUCAGGUUCAGCGGCUGGAUCUAUGACGUGGAGACAGGGAAGACAACUCGGAUUUUUCCAAAGUUUGCUCUUACACGCGACGACAAGCUUCAAUCUCCCCUGCCUGCACUCUCCACGUCCGCUCUUAAUGAAAAAGCAUUGCAUCUUUGUAUGGCAGCCAAGGCAGCGUCGCUUGGCGGGCUACCAGACGAGCUGGUACUGGAAAUUCUGAAUCAUUUCCAUACCACUCGCUCAUAUGAGACGCAAUCCACAGCCUUCAAAGAUCAAGAAAAGGAGAGAACACGCCAGUCCGAAAAUCGCAUGCUCAAAGGAUCGCUACGCAAUCUUUGUCUAACGUCCCGUCAUGUUAGCCGAAUAGCCACCCCAAUUCUGUACGCAUCGUUCACGGGAGCUGUUACUCGAUACGGUCUUACGCCUCUUAACCUGUUCCACAAAAGGACGUCGGCCUCUAAUGCUUCGGGUCGCAAAUGCAUAGAGUAUCUGCAGUAUGUAGAAGUCCGACUCGAAGAUGAUCAAGGCAACAGUCUUCGCGCCGAUACUCUUGAGCCGGAUGCCGUUUACCAGGCAGCAUAUUAUUUUCAGUUACUAGCACAUAUCAUAAACUGCGCGCCAAACUUACAACACCUCUCUCUUGUUGUCAUCGAGACUGACAAUGUUUCCUUUUGGAAACACAUUAUAACGGAAGAAGAUGCAACGGCUGCGCUCACACAAACGACAGCGAUCAGACAGGAAUUCCGGAAGCUGCGAACUCUGUGUAUCCAGAUGCAUAUAGACGUUUCCACCGACCAUAGUUCUGGAUCGUUCGACCAGAUCUGCUCCGUUAUGUCGAGGGCUCCCGUGCUUUCUGACUUCCGAGCUCAUGGUGUGGCGACAUUCGCGCUGCCAGCACAGCCGCCCGAGCUUAGCAUUUUCAGUAUGCUCAAACGUCUAGAGAUCACCGAGUGCAUGCUCGAGAUAAAGGAGGUCGUCAGAAUGUUAUCGGCGUGUAACGAGCUACAGCAUGUUGUUUGCUCAUGGGCUUUCCUCGAUGACACGACCGGAACAAUAUCAGACCUCUACAUUGCUCUGCUGCAUCACACCGAAACUUUGGAAAGCUUACGUCUCGAUUUGCGUCAAGUCAGAACCAUCGACGACGAUUUAGAUGAGUCUCAAUGCUUUGGUAGCUUUCUGCCGUUCAAAACUCUUAAGACAUUGGCUGUAUCGGAUUAUUGUUUUCCUGCGCCCUCUGAUUCAAUUUUAAUGGCUGAGCUGCUACCACCGAGUUUGACAAGCUUCACAAUGCUAACCGGGGAAUCCGACGAACUUUCAGGCCAAAGCACAGAUCUUACGCCCGACCUAUGGGUUUGGGCCAAGAAGUAUGCUUCGUCAGGCCUAAACCUCGAACACUUCAUCGUUGAAAGCUACAAGGAUGAGAUAGAGACUCCUGGUAUCACGAAGGCCUUUUUGGACCUGGGUGUGCAAUUUGAGCUUAAGGAGGCUUUCUUUUCUUCUCGCCACCUAGUCAGCCUGCACCAGCUCGAGAAGCAAUCGGUUUUCGAUCCAGAUCUUACAGCCUCAGCAGCAGCAACAAGAGUUGCUAACAUGGCUAUCCCGAGCGGUCAAGCCGCUCACUUGGACGUCACUGCAUUUUCUAACGAAGAGACAGUUGUCGCGAACAUGAGAUCUCCCAAGAGAGAGACUUCGAGUCAGGACGACGCCUCAGUCCCCGAUUUUGUGCUUGACGUACCCGGAAGCUCUGUGCCCGAUUCCGAGAGGUCUGGAGAAGCCAAAGAGCUAGACUGUGUCCAGGAUUCAGCAGAUAUUGGGACACCUACUCUCGAUUCUGCCUUCCCAUCGCCCAAGCUCGCCGCGAAUGGCUGCCAAAGCAUUAUCUCUAUUGGUGAAGACGAUGUUGGGAAGGACAUGCAUAGCAAAUCAGCUGUAGCGAGCCCGGUUCCUAUACAAGACCAGGGAGAGCAUUCCAACGGAAAGGCAGAGUUGAAGCAUGCAUCUCCAGUCGCCAAGAAGGAAUCUCUCAUGACGUUUGCCCUGGAAGCUCGGCGCGAGAUCGUCGAGGUCGAUACCGAGACUGACACAGACACGACUAUCGACGCACCGAAAUCCUUCAAGCUGGCCCACAGUCUACCUCCUCAUGUGCGACCCGAGUUUCAACCACCACCAGCGCGCCAAGUCGGUCUUAAUGACUCAAAGCACAUGGUACCACCAAACGAUGUCGCCCGAAUCAACGAAAGCCCUCGAGCAUCUCGCUCCCACUAUAUGUCACAUCAACCUAGAAGCGACCACGUGGACCGAGAGCAGUUUGCCCGUGUCAGCGCCCAAUUAACAAAGAUCAAGCAUGAACUUGAUGUCGAGCGCAAUAAGAACUUGCGACUUCGGACAACCAUCGAGGCCGAGCAACAGCAGAAGGUUGAAGCCGCGUCUUCGAAGAUGCUUACCAACCUCCUGCGAGAGCAAGCUGAAGCUCUCACGCUCAAAGCCAAGGUCGAAGCUAGGGAGCGUGAACUUGACUUUCGGGAGCAAAGAAUCUCACAGCAGGAAGUUUACCUUUCCGAAGGCCAGCAGCAGCUCUGGUUUUCUCUCGAAGCAAAUGGUGUUCGCCCUAUGAGUGCAGUGGAUAUGCAGCACGCACGACAAGAAGCCGAGCUGAACGCUCAAAAGGCCAUGGCUGACCUCAAUGGAAAGCUUAACAUCAAGAUCGAAGGUCUACGUCUUCGUGAAUCAGCACAGCAGAUGCGCGAACAGCAGUACAAGGCUAUCAUCCGCGAUUCGCUCAAGGACGAACUCGAGAGCUCGCUGACCGAUGAGAAGGCUGAAGAGAUUGCUGAAAUUGAGUACAACAAUGGAUAUGGUGCAGGCAAAGAGGUCGGUAACAAAGAAUCACAAGAGAAGUUUCGCCAGCGAGGCUUCUUAGAAGGUUAUGGCGCCUGUCACCGUACUCAAAUCACCCUGAGUAAGUGUCGCCAGGGUCUGAUCGAUCGUGACAGCCCUGAGCUAAACUUCCUCUACGAUGCCAACCAUCCACACAACCUCUGGAACAUCGGUGAGCUCGUCGGCCGUCUGGAGCAUGAAGACAACGCUGAGAAGAUGAAGAACGUGGCGAAGAGGGAGUCUGCAGUUGAGAAGCCAUUCAUCAACACCAAAACUGCUAAUGUCGCUGAUGAGCCCCACGACAUGAAUGGUAAGGUCAUCGGGCAUACCAAUGAUACCAUGAUUCACAAGCGAGAGGAGACAAUUAGCAGGAUGCCACUCGCGCGUCCUACCUUCGCUGCCGAGCUUCGUGGUCCAUCUGCUACACACAACGGCCACAUCAUUCUCGCUAACAACAUCGCUUCACCAGCCGCCAAGAAGACCGAACAAUCCAUCGUCAAAGAUGGGGAGCCUGUCGUGAAUUUGAUUGACUUCAUGUAA